AUAAUAUAAAAAAUAUCCAAUAAGAUUUAUUUACAUAUUUACAUCUUCAUACAUAUUUGUUAGAUUUAUUUACAUAUUUACAUCAAAUUUGUUAGAUUGAUUUACAUCAGAUUUGUUAGAUUUGUUGGAUUUAUUUCAAUAAGAUUUGUUAGAUAGUUGUAUGAUAUUUGUUAUAUAUCCUCACGUAAGAAUUGAUAGAUUGAUAGAUAAUUAUAUAUUUAAUCAAUUCUGUGGCACUUUCUUUUAUUCCAUCUGUUUUUGUUAAUUGUAUUUGUGUUUGUUUCAUUUUCAGGCGACCAUGAUGCCGGCUUCUGUGAACGUUAACCGUCUCGCAACGCACCAGACUAAUCUUGAAGCGGGUACGGUUUACUCCCUGACCGGUUUUGAAGUAACAAGGUGUAACCAGGAUUACCGCCUCUCGGACUCUUCUCUACUAAUCCGGUUUACUGACUCCACCACUUUCGAGAAGAUCACUGACCCGGCUGUUCCGAUACCUCUUGAAUCAUUCCGGUUCCGUAACUACAGUGAGAUGCUUCGUCUUGCUAACUCCAACAACCAACUUCCAGAUCUUAUUGGUAAGAUAACUGCUGUCAAGAGUACGAUCACUGAACCUCCUCUGGACAAGAACCGUGUUAGUGCAACCAUCAAGAUGGACAAGUAAGUUUUUAUGAAUUAUGAUGUCUUAACAAUCAUUUUUGGAAAUUGUAACUACAAUAUUCUCACUGUUAUGCCUUCCCACAAUGCAGUGACACAUCUGUGACUUUAACACUCUUUGACGCUCAAGCUGUGAAGAUCCAUAACCAGCUCGCUCAGAUGGCGGUAGAUCCACGAAUUUGCGUUGCAACCAGUGUGAAUCCGAGAAUGGUGGGAGGUAAGCAACCAGUUUAACACUAAAAUGGCUGCCUCUGUAAUGAUGUCGAGUUCAUACAUAUUCUACUCAUAAUGCAGGGCGUCUGUUUUUUAAUGGCACAGCCGGCACACACAUCCAUUUCGACGUGGAAACAGUUGCCGGGGAAAGUUUGUUUUCCAGGUAGCAUUUUCCGAGACAUUACUUUUAAACAUACCGUGACUAUAAAAUUCUCUAUUUGUUCAUGGAUGUGCCUAAUCACAUUGUUAUCUUCGUAAGCGGUUUGCUUGAACAAGACACUGGGCUUGCGCCAGUAGGACGGCUGGUAAGGAGUUUUGCUAAGGUGGAGACACUGAGCAUAGCUGAGCUGAACGAUUUUGUCCUCAAUGCUUCGUCUCAGGUUGGCUAUCAUAGUUGUGAUACUCUAUAUGGAAUGUAAAUUAUCAUGGUCGUAUCCUAACUUUACAACCAUGCAGAACAUUGAUUUCAUUUGUACGGGGAAAGUUACUGGAAUCAAGUUAGACAAGGGGUGGUGCUAUGUCUCCUGUGCAAAAUGCUUCAGGAAACUCCACCGGUCUGUCUCAUCGCUCACGUGUCUAUCUUGCAACAACACCGAUGCAGUUGGUAUCCUUCGGUAUGUACUGACUCUGAUCAAGUUAAACAUGUACGUUAAACUUGAUGUGUUAUUUGAUACAUUUAUUCUACGCGCUAGGUACCGUGUGGAGAUAUCAAUUGCAGACGAGACUGGUGAGGGUUUGUUUGUUGCGUUUGAUGGAGUUAUGGCGAAACUCCAUAACAUGAGGGCCCAUGAAGCUGUCAACCUCUUGCCUGGUAAUGAUGUCAACCCCGAAGAAUCUGAUGCCCCUCAGUUUGUUCUAGACAUGGAGGGAAAUACAUACACGUUUCAGGUUAAGGUGGGGCCAUACAAUUUCACGGCAAAUAAUCACAGCUUCACCAUUUCACGCAUUCUCGGUGAGGGUGACCCUGAGCCACAACCUGCGUUCGUUGAUGAUGUGAGAUCCUUAUAUUUGCCCUAGCGUCUGUUUUUUUACCUGCAUAUAACUUUUCCAUUCGAUAGGGUGCUGCUGAUGACAAUGGAGACGACAACAACGAUGUGUAGAAUCGGCCAAGUUGCAUGCGUGGAAACGCAUACUACAUUCUAAAUAAUAAUGAAGUUGUUUUUUCUUUUUAAACCAAGUAUGCAUUUCGUUUUUAUACUUUGCUGUUUAUCUUUUUUGCCAUUCGAGUGUUUCCUAUAUACACAAGUAUGCAUUUCGUAUUAACAUAUUUCAUAAUUUCUACUAUCUGUUACCUUAUAGGUCGAACUAAAUCUAUUAUGCCUUGGCAAUAUUCCGUUUCUUUUUUUCCUUUUACUUAUAGAUUAUGACCUUAUACAAUAGAAAACAAAUUUUGGUGAUCAUAUAGCUUACCAUCUCUUAUUACAUGCUCAAAUUUUAGUGAUCAUAUAGUUAAAAUAUACUUUUACCCUUUAAUACAUAUUUUUUGGUCAUUUUUGUCAUUAAAAAUUAUUUUGUAACAAAAACUAAGAAAACUAUCUUAAAAAAUUAUUAACAUAUACAUAAUAUUUUGAAAACCACAACUCCGUUAGAGAUUAGAUACAGACACUAUAAGCCAACUACAAUAUAUAUUCGUUUAACGCAACAAAACACUUUUAACUACCAAAAAAUGUCAUUGUACCAAGUAAAACAAUACAAGCAUAAUUAAUUAGCCUUUGACCAAAAAUUCAACAUUGCAAAAAUAGUUGCGUCAAACACAUUAAAUUUUUGUUACCUGAUAUCUCAUUGUAACUGAACCAUUCUUCUAAACCAAAGUCUCCGAUGUAAAACAAUUACACGAAACUGCUUCAUUAAAACCCCAUCUACAAACACUCUAUAUAAACAUCCAACCCGUGGAAACAUACAUAUAAAACCUGUUAUUCCUAAAAUUAUCAGGUGGAAAAAAAAACACUACAAAUGGUAUCUGACAUUUCAGAACACAAUUAUGACUCGGACGAGAGCAUUGGUAGUUCUGAAGAAAACUCCUAUAACAUACCCCCAACCAUCUUUUUCAAGAAUCAAACCCUCAGUUACUUUGUAGCAGAACCACUCCGUAUGCUAUACAACUUCAGUGAUUUGAAGAAUGAAUGUUUAGUUGCUGGCAAUCCAAGGGCUCACUACAUAGAGGGGUUGCUUCAAUACUUUCAGUGCCGUAAAUCUAUCAAAGGACUUGACCAUCUUCGUCAAUCCGCAGAUGGAAACUAUGAUAAUGGUACCUAUAUUUAUGGUAUUUUAAUGUUGUGCAGGGGCAACUUUGCUGAGGGACAAUAUUACCUCGAUAUGUUAUCCUGGAAAACUAAUCAGGACAGAACUACCCAAUGCUUGACAAUGCUUAAGCAAUCCCUUAAAGCAAUCAGGGUCAGUGUGAAGGCAAAAUAUGUAGCAAAUACAGACACAAUGGAACCCUUAGCAGAUUGCAACACUCAUGCGAUGGAUAGCGCAUGCGAGGAUUGUUAUUACUUUAAGAAGAUGAAAGAAUUUGUUGACUACAUUCGCAACAAAAAACAGUAGACAACACAGAUCGGUCUUUCGAUUUAUUUUACAGGUGUUUUGUAUUAUGCUUAUGCGUAAUAAUAUGAAUUUGACCGCCUCCUACCCGAGCCCAUAAAGAAAUUAGGGAAAAUAAAUAAUUACUAAACCUACUAAAUAAAAUUAAAUAUUAUCCUAAUUUAAAUAAAUUUGGAACAAAUAAAUUAUUAAAUAAUACGUUAGUAUCAAAUCAAAUUUGUCUGAAGAGAGAUCAGCAUGUGUUUUGAACAUAAACCAAAAGCAUGGAAGGGAAAAUAUACACUUUCCAGGUCAAGUCGACUACUUAUGAUGACUGCAAAACACAUACAACACCUUCCGAACCAUGCAGAUCUAUCACCAACCAUAUACAAAAAUUCUUAAAAGAUUUUCCAAAAGAUUCUUAAAAGAUUUUCCAAAAACAAAAUUAUUAAAAACGGUCCGUCUCGCCAUCAAAUCCCGCGCGUAGCGCGGGCACCGCCUAGUUUAACUUAAAUAAACAAAACAAAAUAUUCUGUCCGGCUUGGUUUAGAAUUCCAGUUCGGAGCUUUUACUUUUUGGACCAGAAUUCGAACCCCAAAAUGAAAAGAGAAAGCGACUUAAGAGUUGAAAUAGGUUCAAGUAAUAAAUCUUUGCAGUAAAGAA